UGUGCUCCGGUCGCACCAGUCACGGCCGCAAUUAACAUAAAAAAGGCAUUAAAAUUUUGAAGCAUUUCUCAGGGACCGCCAGCAGUAUUUUGAAAAAUACGAAAUGCAUGAGGGGACUAUUUUAUGUUUUUUUUUUAUUUAGGGGGAGGGAAACGCGUUCUUGCAGCAGUGCACUGUACCCACGGUGAAGGUGGAGCGCGUACAUGGAGGAAGGAAAAAAUUGUAUGUAGCGCGUGUAUGUCGUCGACUGUGCGAGUUUCGCCAGUUUCGCUAUGUCAGAACAGAGUUCAAACCGCGCGAAGGAGAGCGACGAGCCUGUUGUUGAUAAAGCGACGUUGGACAAGCCUGUUGAUGAGGACCUGGACGAUCUGCUCGACAGGUCUGCUGAUGCGGUGCGCAAGGGGGCAACACCGCUGCAGACUUGCGCAUUGACCCGGCCCACAAGGAAUGUGAUUGUGGCUGUGCCACCAGCCUCCUUCGCAAGAGUAGCCGGCACUGCUUCACCUUCUUUGAAGGAAGGCCCAUGGACCUCCUGGUUGACGGCCCCCAAGCCUCUGCUUUUUGAGGUGCACUGCAGGACUUUGAGAAGCCAACACCCGCACGUGGCAGUGACAUGGGCAAAAGCCAGGUGCAGCAAGAUGGCAGCUUGGCAGAACCGCCCGCGGCCGACGAGAGGCAGCAUCCGUGGACAGCCGAGUUUGGCCAGUUUGCUGAUGUGAUGCAGGGUCUGUUGGAGGAGGACCCACAGCUCCAUGAGCAGUUCAGCCGCAUUGCACAGAGCGCCAACCGGGCCGCCUCUGCUGCUUCGGAUGAGGAGUUUUCUGCUACGCUGAAUGAAACCUUGCGGAACAUCUCGGACACGGCCCUUGCUUUUGGGGACCCUCCCACUGAAGACGAGCUGUCACGGCUGGUAGGCUCACUGGGUCUCGAGGGUGGCCCCAAUGGUGGCGGGGGGGAUGUGCCUGGCCUGGUCUCCAUGAUGCAGGGCAUGAUGCAGAACCUGCUCUCCAAGGACCUCCUCUACCCAGCACUGAGGGACAUUGUCGACAAGUAUCCCGACUGGCUGGCCGACAAGCGGUCCUCAUUGGCAGACGAGGAGUAUGAGCGGUACAACCGGCAGUUUGGCCUCAUGCGGCAAGUGUGUGAGGAGUUUGAAGCAGAGCAGAGCUCGGACGCAGCCGAGGUCAAGCAGGCGCGCUUUGAGCGUGUACUCAGCCUCAUGCAGAAGAUGCAAGAGUGCGGACAUCCACCUAAGGACCUGGUCGAAAUUGGCCCUGACAUUGGCCUGGAUGGGCGUGCCCCAGGAAUGCCCGAGCAGUGUGCAGUCAUGUGACUGAGCUUGUUCAUCAGAGGUCCUGGCUGCCUGUAUUUUGUGCAAUAUUCAUUGCAACGCAAGCACCAGUAUUUUUGGAGACAGUGCAUUCCUCUGCAGCCACUUUGGAUGCAGUACUAGCUUUUCUGCAUAUUCUUUGUGGUGCAGAGUGCUCCAGCUGGUGGUUAUAUAAGUAUGUUCACAAAUUUGAAAUGCCACUACCACUAGUGAUCACUUGCUUGUGACACCUGCAGUUAGUGACUGUGUUUUAGUUCAUUCCCAUUGCUGCAAUGAUCAGUGUACAUUCAAAGGGAAUAAAUUUUGUAUAUGUUGUC